CAUUUUAGCGAAUCAACCGAAUUGCUUCACUGUCGAGGGCGAGGAAACUUGCCACCAAAUAUAAUCCACUGCUUUUAUUUGUCCGGUAAAAAGGGAAAUAAUAGUAUUGAUGCCUUAUUUCUAUUAUACUUCCAAAGAUAAACUGUCCGACUUUACCACGCUUCCUUUCAAAGCUCAAAAAUACCCGGAACAUUGAAGCUCGAAUACCCCGCCAAUUCUACAGUUUCGCAAACGCCGACCAAAGGCGCUCGCGGAUGUAUGUCUUCUCCUAGACAGUCGGCAGAAGUUUUAGAACCCCGAAAUGGAAUAUUACAGGAGCCUACAUCGGUGGUGAUCCCAAAAGAUGAGCCUGGCAUCCACGACGUUGAGCCAGCCUAUCCAACCAGUAAGGAUAUGAAGGACCAGGGUGUUGAAGAGGAGACAGUGUUGGCAGACAGAAGCGAGCCAGCAGUAGACAAUUUCCCUACGACAACGGAUAAUGCUUUGGAUUCACUGAAAGAUAAGGGGAAGGGAAAAAUUACAGAAGGAAACAAUAUGGACGAACUACGGACCGCCACCAACGAGCAAUCUAUACCAGACAUGGAAUCCUCUACUGCGACUUUGAAACCAAUAAUAACCGCUGCCCCGAAUGUUCCUAUGCAGAACAUGUCACCAAUUGACCAAACGUAUUUAGAUCCUACCCCGAAGACACCUGGCACCUCUCGACCUCCAUCAAGAUCUGCGUCGACUGCAGGAACACAUCAUCUUCACGCGGAGAGGUUGGAUAGAUCACCUACGAGAUCCGAUGCAGGGUUUGACGAAAAAACCACCGCGAGUGAGGACGAACGAGAGGGAGAUUCUAGAUCAGAAAUACAAAGCAUAAUGGAUCAAUUCGGAGAAGAUGGACAGGGCCCAGGGCAUGAGGAAGUUAUGUCUCCUCGUCUUGAGUUUGCUGGCCCGCUUCUUGGCAGUCCAGUACAACACCCGCCUCGCAAAUCGAGUCUGGAGCCUAUAAAUGCAUCCGUUCUAAGUCAGAGUAUGGGUGAUUUGCAAAUAUCAUCUGCUCCUUCACCAGGCCAUCGAACCAGGAACGAUUCUGACGUCGGCCCAGCUGUUCCACCUAAAGCAGACUCUAUACAUAGCUUUGGCAUAAUGCAGGAUGAUCGUUACUCCUCUGCAGAUACCCCAUUAUCCCCUGCCUUACAUCGACCCCCACCUCCCGAGCCAGAGCCUGAGCCGGACCUUCCUUUUGACUUCCAUCGAUUUUUGGAACAACUGAGGCAUAGGACAGCGGAUCCCGUAGCGAAAUUCUUACGGUCGUUCCUACAGGAGUUUGCAAAGAAACAGUGGAUGGUACACGAACAAGUUAAAAUAAUAAGCGAUUUCUUGUCUUUUAUCACGAAUAAAAUGGCUCAAUGCGAAGUAUGGCGUGAAGUCUCUGAUGCAGGGUUUGAUAAUGCGCGUGAGGGUAUGGAGAAAUUAGUUAUGAACAGGCUAUAUACACAAACAUUUUCUCCGGCAAUUCCUCCACCCCAGCCCAUUCCAGGCUCAAAGCCAAGAAGGCGGGGCGCUGAUCGACCCAUGGGUCCCGGUCGAAGAGGACAACACCAAGAAGAUGUCGAGAGAGAUGAAAUUCUUGCUCAGAAAGUUAGCAUUUAUGGUUGGGUGAAAGAGCAACAUUUAGAUAUACCACCAGUUGGCGAAAGCGGAAAACGUUUUCUGAUCUUGGCACAGCAAGGUAAGAUUAAGCGUCGUGUAAAGAUAAAUAUCAAUGCUAAUGGUGACAACAGAGAUAUUGAAGAUUAAAACCUACAGAGCACCACGGGACAAAAUAAUAUGUGUUCUCAACUGCUGCAAAGUGAUUUUUGGUAACUCUCCAUGCUCGCCUUUUAAUUGAUGUUCUUACUGAAUUUACCAGGGCUACUUAAGCAUUCGAAGACCGAUUCAUCGGCAGAUUCAUUUAUGCCUCUUUUGAUUUAUGUUGUCCUUCAAGCAAAUCCCGAGCAUCUCGUGUCAAAUGUUCAAUAUAUUCUUAGGUUUAGGAACCAGGAGAAGUUGGGAGGAGAGGCAGGAUAUUAUCUUUCGUCGUUGGUAUGUAACGUCAAGUCGUUUUUUUUGGGAUUGCACCACUAACGCCUAUGAAGAUGGGUGCAGUCCAAUUCAUCGAGAAUCUGGAUCGAACAAGUCUUACCAUAAGUGACGAAGACUUCGAACGGAAUGUCGAAGCGGCUGUAUCUGCUAUUGCCGAAAAGCAUCAAGCAGAGGUUGCUCCAAGCCCAGUCGAAAGCAGUCCACCUACACAACUUUCCGAGAAAUCACCUCCAAGCCAACAUUCUAUGGAAGGCGAAUCAUCAGGUCAUAGAAGGUCAACAUCGUCAAACGAAUAUGAAGCUGGGGAUGGUAUGGAUGAGAAAGCUGCUAUGAGCGGCCUCCUUCGUACUAUUCAAAAACCGCUUUCCUCUAUAGGUAGAAUGUUCUCGGACGAUCCCUCCCCUUACAGUGCGCCCGCGAGGACUCCCAAUCCUGGGAGUACACCAGGAAUGACUCCAUCCCCACGAGUGAGCAUGGAGGGCGCUCAACCCCCACAGCGCAGGCCUAGUGGGCGUGAAUCCAUCAGAAAUAGGAUGACAGCCGAGGAUGCAGCUGCCAGGCAAGCGAGUGCCGAGGCUGCAGAAGCACAACGCUUGCAACGUGCAGAGCACGAGAAUGUGGUAGAGACCCUUGCAGGGAUGUUUCCAGAUUUAGACAGGGAAAUCAUUAGCGAUGUAGUUACUCAAAAAGAGGGAAGGUAAGGAACAAUCCUUGAGGAAGAAAAAUCCUAAGCAUAUUAUACUAAUUGUGCACUUAGGGUUGGUCUAGCAGUCGAUGCAUGUCUUGCUCUGAGUUCUUGAACAGUAACCAGGCAUGGAAAACUUCAUUAUCAUAUUAUCACUUUUAAUAUCCACAGAUUUUAUGCAUUGAGCGGGUGGAAAUCAUAGCGUUGCGUGGUGGCAUUGGCGUUUUCCUCGUGUUGAAUCUUCUGGUAUAUCCCUAGCACGAGUCAGCUUCAGAAGAUCAGUAGCGAGAAAGUAGUAGAAGUUACGACGUGAUGUCUAAUAUAGUCGUAAUUACUCGUCCGAAAUAAUGGAAGAUGAUAUUAAAAGCUUU